UAAUCUAACGCGACGAAGAAGAAGAGGAGGAAGUUCUAUCAACUCCCCUGUUUCUGUAAACCGUCCAGCAGAAACACGACAAACACCUCUAUCGACGUUUUCCGACAAAAAGUUGCUAAAUUUAAUAAAGACAAAACGCGUCUUCACUCCCAUUCCCAUCCCUCUUCUUCUUCUUCUUCUGCAACUACUCUCAGCUUCUAUUUUUGGUUCCGUUCCGCACUGCGCUUGUAAGCCUCGAUAUCUCCGUAGUGAAGAAGCGUAAUCAAAAUCUUCAUUGUUCCGAUGGUACUUGGAUCGCUUUUCGCUCCUCUCAAGUUCUGGGGAAAUACUCAGGAACAAGAGCCGCAGAGAGGGAGGAUGCAGGAGAUAGAUCUCGGCAUUCACACAAUAAGAAGCCACGGAGGAGGUCUCGCCUCCAAACACAAACACGACUGGAUCAUACUCGUGAUCCUGGUGGCCAUCGAGAUCGGCUUGCAACUCAUCUCUCCUUUCUACAGAUACGUCGGUAAAGACAUGAUGACAGAUCUCAAGUACCCUUUCAACGACAACACCAUCCCCGUUUGGUCCGUCCCAAUCUACGCUGUUCUGCUUCCUAUCAUAAUAUUCGUCUGCUUCUACGUGAAACGAACAUGUGUUUACGAUCUGCACCACAGCAUCAUCGGCUUACUCUUCACCGUUUUGAUAACUGGUAUCAUUACAGACUCGAUUAAGCUAGCAACAGGACGUCCUCGUCCUAACUUCUACUGGCGUUGCUUCCCUGACGGGAAAGAGCUGUACGAUGCUUUGGGCGGUGUGGUAUGCCAUGGUGAACCAGGAGAAGUCAAGGAAGGUCACAAAAGCUUCCCGAGUGGACACACGUCUUGGUCGUUCGCGGGACUUGGCUUCCUCUCGCUUUACUUGUCUGGUAAAAUCAAGGCCUUUAACAGAGAAGGACACGUGGCUAAGCUCUGCAUCGUGUUCGCUCCUCUCCUCGCGGCUUGCCUCGUGGGGAUAUCGCGUGUGGAUGACUACUGGCACCACUGGCAAGACGUAUUCGCUGGAGGUCUCAUUGGUCUCUUUGUUGCUGCUUUCUGUUACCGUCAGUUUUAUCCCAACCCUUACCAUGAAGAAGGAUGGGGUCCCUACGCUUAUUUCGUAGCAGCCCAGGAACGGGGUUCGCAACAAAAUGGUGAUGCGAUGAGGACAAUGUCUCUCCAGGUGGAACCAACGUCUCUUGAAAACAUGGAGUCUGGCACUUCCACUGCUCCAAGAUGAUUUAAUUUUUUUUUCUUUUUGGGCGUGGUGAGUGUGUGUGUGGAUGCUAUAGUUUGCAUGUGUGUGACUUCUACGUGUACUCUUUUACAUUUUGUAAGUAAAUCAACGUUUUUUGA